UUUAUUAAAAAUGUCAUAUUCAAAGACAUAUCUUACCCUUAUUCUCCUCCUUUUCCUCGUUCCGUCCCUAUCCUGGAACCAUAAAUCAGGGGAUCAUGGUAUAACUAUAUUCACAAUGGUCAGGAACGAAUUCAGAGACACCCCUUCGUACGGGCACAAGGUAUUCUUGUCGUACCAUGGAAGAGCCCAAGACGAGUUCCUUGUGGGAAAGACGUAUAGGUCCUGCCAGAACAUUCCGAAGUUUGAAGAAGAUAUUGAUGCUACUAGUAGAACUUUUUAUGUCUCUUAUUAUGGUGUUCCUCAUAAUACAAAUCCUUUAAAGCUUUACGCAACAAUGAGACCAUAUGGAACUCAUGGAAACAGGAUCCCUCUCUCAGUAGAGCCAGAAAUAAUUCAAAUGGAUGGAAAGACGCCUAUCAAAAUAAGAUACGAUUGCAGUCAAAUACAUGGAAGCGAUACACACGCAGUUGUUGAAUUAGAGGUUAGCAAUGGGGAAUCAUACCAGUAUUUAAAGCAGUGUAAUGAAUUACCGCAGAUGUUCUGGACCCAUUUCAUGCAAUUUUUAGCUUUAGUCAAGGCAGCAAUGACUAUUCUUCUAGUAGGAUCUAAAAUGGGGAAAUUAAGCCUGUUUGAAAGGAUUGAUGAAAACCGAUUUGAUUUCUACAAGAUUUCAAUUAAGAAAGUGCUCCUACUGAUUAUUGUGAUGAGUGUUUUCCAAGUUGGGACUUUCUAUCUUUUGCCUUUGAAAUGGUUCACCGCAAUCUCAACGGUGACUUUAUGAGUUAUCGCACUGGUCCUCUGUCUCUUCUUGUUUAUGGACUUUAUCGAUUGGAUUUUCGGAAUUGAGGUGGAAGUUGGAUUUGAGGGUUCGAAUCAUUUCAUGGAUCAGCCAUGCUUCUGAGAGGGUUUCAAUCUUAAAGCCACAAUUUCAUUAUUUCUUUCUGUUCUGCUAGUUACACUAUGGUAUUUUCUAAGACACUGGACUGUGAGCAAUAUAUUAGGAAUCUGAGUAGCUUGAGCAAUAGUGAAGAUAUUCAGAUUUAAUGCUUUAUACCCUGCAUUCCUCAUCCUGCUAGGAUUCUUGAUAUUCGAUGUUUUCUGGGUAUUUGCGAGCCCUACAAUAUUCAACGGACAUAGUAUCAUCCAUGAAGUAUUGAGAAAAAUAGACUUUCCUUUGAAGCUAGUAGUUCCAGGAUUCUCUCCAUUCUUCCCGUGAGCAAACUUGAGCAUCAUAGACAUCAUCGUGCCUACAUUCUAUAUCAGUUUUAUUUCAAGGUUCGGGAAAGAACAGGGCACGAAUGCAUAUUAUCUGGCUCAUGUGAUGAUGUAUGCUAUUAGCUUGGGAAUUUUCACAUUUGUAAUGGUAUACACCAAGUCACAGCAGCCUGCGCUUAUGUAUAUAAUUCCAAGUCUGUUCUUGACAACUUUCAUCACAGCAGGGAUGAGAAAGGAAUGGGGCUCAAAGCUAUCGAUGAGCUCUGUUAUUGAAGGUGAAGGCUACAAUCCUUCAGAUGAAAGUUCUGAUAAACAGCCAGGUGAAGCCAGUGCGAGAGGUAUGGCAAGAUUUGAUCCCAAACAAUUUAAUAAAACUGAAGAUCAUCAAAAUUUCAAGAAAUUUGAAGAUGAUCCUGCUGACGAUGUGAGAGAUGCUGAGGAUGGACAUGCUGAGUUCAAAGAGGAAGUUAAAGAAAGUAGUCAAAAUUAA